ACUCUGAAUUCAAAACAAAAGCGCUUUUGUCUGGAAGCUAUUUGGUUGUUGGAUUGGAGAGCAAGUUGAUAUCCUGAAGUUGCGAGAUUUUAUUUAAAGUGGACCAACGGAAAUUCAGAAAAAAUUGAUUACUUCAGAACUUGAGAAGAAAGGAAGAAAUUACCUGGUGAUGCAAGUAUGGGGCUGGCGAAGGAAAACUUAAGGGAGGAUGAGGUUAUGGUGGCGAAUCCAGAUUUCGAUGGCUGAACGAGUUAGCUCAGCGGUUGAAGAGGCUAACUCGUUCAGGGAAGAGUGCCAACGAGUUGUGUGCUUAGUGGGUGUGGGUAGGUUGAAGCGGAUGCUUCAGCAUCUGAUCGAUUACAUCGCCGCUGCUCAUACCCUAUACGACCGGCUGAUUGUCUGCGUAGUCGCUGAAGUCUCCAAAAACCUCGAGCGAGCACUGACCCUGAUCCGGAUGUGCAAGCGAUGGACCCUACUUUGCCCGUUCGUCAUCGACAACUUUACAACGGAGUUUUCCAGAAUAUUCACUCUUCUGGAAUCUUCAAUUGCUAAUUUGGAUUGGUUGCUCGGCCUCUUCGACCCAUACAUCGGCUGCGCUACCGGCGAUUGGAAUCUAUCCUUAUCCUUGCCUCCAAUCGAAUCCAUGAUCCGUAAACGAGAGGAACAAGAGAAUCAUCGAGGAAGAAGGCGGAAUCCCUCUUCUGGUAAAGCUUCUCAGAGAUACAUUCCACCCAGAGGCGCAAAUUGCGGCGCGGCUAGUGCGCUUUAUAUUCUCUCAGAUGACCAAGAGAGAGUGAGGGCUGUUAUGACCGGUAGCGGAAUUCCAGCAAUCGUUCAUCUAUUGAGGGCUUCCCGCAUCGGGGUUCAGACUAAUUUACCGGUUGUCAGAGCCGUCAUUGAUGAGCUAUUGAGUGUGAUCAAAGAAUCAGAGGGUCCUGAGUUGCAGACUCUGGCUGUCAGAUCGAUUGGGUCUCUGGCUAGGAAUUUUCCGGCAGGAGACAUUCGAGUGAUUGAAUCUCUGGUAGCGCAGAUUAGAAACAAGCAUAGCGAAGUGGCUUUGGAAGCUGUUAUCGCGUUGCAGAAGUUCGUCUGUGAAGAUAAUUUUCUUCGAUCGGAGCAUUCGCAAUCGAUAAUCAAGUUAAAUGGUGUGGUGGCUCUGAAGCGAUUGAUUGGGAAGGCGAGUCAGCAGGCGAAAGUCCUGCUCGGCUACCUUUAUGACAGCCAGACUCUCCAACGAUACUUGUGCACUGACAUGGAGGAGAAAAUUGGCAACGCGCGGUGGACGGAUAUGACACCGGGGAAUCCAGCUAACGUCUUCGAAAAUCUUACAAUUUCAAAAGCAUCGUCCAUCGGCUCAAACAUGGAGACAAAAUGGCCCAUGCCCAAAAGCAAGACCAAAUUUCCUAACGACCUUCUUCGCUUUGCCCCAGUAAUUGGCCCUUGCAGUUGCACCUGCUGCGGUCUCCUCUUCAUCCUUGCAGGACUCAACUUCAUCCCUAAUAUCCAAGAACUCUCCUCAUGGUUUAGUUCCUCAUUUGCAACAGGCCCAUACGGAGAGUACAUACUUAAAAUAGUUUGGAGAGGAAUUAGUUUUGAAAUGCUAAUAAGCUGGUAAGACUACGCGCGUUUGUUAAUUAAUUUUUUCUCUCAAA